AGACAAUGCUCAAGUAUCAAGUGAGAACCAGUACUCGUCUAUCAGUCUAUGGCAGUCCUUCUUCGUCGAAAGACGAAACUACACUGACAAGCAGAAGCAGCUCGCUGGCGUCGUUGAGUUCGGUGGACAGCGCGAAUUCCGAAAGUGACUGGGGAACACUGAGAGUGUACACAAAUAAUGUGAAGGCGUGCACUGACUACAAGACGAUUCGAGUCUCUACCCAGAGCACAACGCGGUCCGUGAUCGAGACCGUGCUCAAUAAAUUCAAGAUCUCCUGCAGGGACACGAACCUGUUUGAGUUAUGGAUGGAGGUUACCACGAAAGCUAAUGGUAAAGCUGUAAAGACAAUCCUGAGGCUGGAUCACUUAGCUAAACCGCUCGAAUUGCAAAGAUGCCAUCCGUCGAAUAUGUCGCGAUUUAUGCUCCAUAUGAAUUCCGAAGGGACCCUCGUCAGAGUACACGAUCAUAGCAUUUCUCCUCAGUCGAACUACAAGUCGUUGUUACUGGCCGAAGACACCACAUGCCGUGAAGUAGUAGACAUUCUGUUGUGUAUGAACAGAAAGGAGCCAGAUGGAGACUACGCACUGUUUCUCACAGCACCUGAAGGCGAAGCACAGAUUCCAUCUGAGGUGCCACUUGUGCCAAUCGCUCUCAUGUGUCAGCCGUAUCAUAAGAUUGUUAUUCGGCAAGUCGACACGCUUUGAGUUUUUACGAACUUCUCUUGGGAUUCGCUGGCAUUGCUCUUACCUUGGGAUAAUCACGAAGACGUCGCAGAUGCUCACGUCGCAUGAUUUCAUGUACUACUGGCAUGAGACAAAUUCCGACAACGGAAAAACCUACAUUAAUUCUUGUCGAAGAUCACUCCGCGUUCGCC